CCGCGCGCCGGGGCCGCCGGGCAAUGGCAGCGGCAACAGUAGCGGCGGCCCCAGCGCGCUGCCCCCUGCCCUGCUGCCCACCGCCCCGCCGCCCAACACCAGUGAGUGCCAAUGCCAGGAGUGGCACUACCGCAUCCGCGCCGGCCUCGUCCAGAACGUCGUGAGCAAGUGGGACCUUGUUUGUGAAUCUUCCUGGAAAGUCCACAUUGCGAAAUUCUCCCUACUGGUAGGAUUAAUCUUUGGCUACUUAAUAACAGGAUGUAUAGCUGACUGGGUUGGUCGACGGCCAGUUCUCCUCUUCUCUGUCAUAUUCAUUCUGAUAUUUGGACUGACUGUGGCACUCUCAGUGAAUGUGACAAUGUUCAGCACACUCAGGUUUUUUGAGGGGUUUUGCCUGGCUGGAAUAAUCCUCUCCUUGUACGCACUGCGGAUAGAGCUCUGUCCUCCUGGGCACCGGUUCAUGAUCACCAUGGUGGCAAGCUUCAUUGCAAUGGCUGGGCAGUUCCUCAUGCCAGGUCUGGCUGCCCUCUGCAGGGACUGGCAGGUUCUCCAAGCUGUCAUCAUCUGCCCUUUCUUGCUGAUGCUGCUUUACUGGUAUAUUUUCCCAGAAUCCCUUCGGUGGCUGAUGGCCACACAACAGUUUGAGGCAUCCAAGAAACUUAUCCUUCACUUCACUCACAAGAACAAAAUGAACACUGAAAGUGAUAUCAAAGGAGUGAUGCCGGAGCUGGAAAAGGAGCUUACCAGGAGGCCCAAGAAGGUCUGCAUUGUUAAAGUGGUGGGAACCAGGAACCUGUGGAAAAACAUUGUGGUAUUGUGUGUGAACUCUCUGACCGGGUUUGGGAUACACCACUGUUUUGCAAAAAGCAUGAUGAGCCCUGAGGUGAAGAUGCCGAUCACCCAUAAUUUCUAUGCGGACUACUAUACCAUGGCUGGGAUUGCUUUGGCAUCCUGUCUAGCCAUGUGCCCAGUUGUUGGGUUUCUAGGGCGAAGAGGAGGACUGCUGCUGUUCAUGAUUCUAACAGCUCUGGCAUCACUUCUACAGCUUGGCCUUCUCAACUUGAUUGGAAAAUAUAGUCAACUUCCAGACUCAGGUAUGAGUGACAGUGUCAAAGACAAAUUCUCUACUGCAUUUUCCAUUGUGGGUAUGUUUUCAUCACAUGCAGUUGGAAGUCUCAGUGUAUUCUUCUGUGCUGAAAUCACACCAACAGUAAUAAGGGGAGGUGGACUUGGCCUCAUCCUGGCCAGCGCAGGCUUUGGUAUGCUGACUGCACCAAUCAUGGAGCUCCAUAACCAGAAAGGCUACUUCCUGCACCAUGUGAUCUUUGCCUGCUGUACGCUCAUUUGCAUCAUCUGCAUUCUCCUCUUGCCUGAGAGCAAGAACCAGAACCUGCCAGAGAACAUCCCGGACGGGGAACAUUACACCAGGCAACCUCUUCUGCCACACAAGAAGGGGGAGCAGCCCUUGCUCCUGACAAACUCUGAACUCAAGGAUUACUCUGGUCUCCAUGACUCGGCUGCCGUGAGUGAUGGGAUGUCCGAGAAUGCCACCGCCAAUGGGAUGAAGUCUAUGUAACUGGGUGGGGGGUCAGGGUUCUUUUCUUUUUUCUCUUUCUUUCCUUUUUUUUUGUUUGCUCGUUGGGCAGGAGAAGGAGCUCUCUGAGGUGGGGCUGCUUUUGCCCUGGUUUACAGACCAGUGACGGAUGGAACAUGAGGAAAUUCAACUCUAGCGCUAACGCCACUUAUUAUAGGAAUCUUCAUCUGAUGUUGCGAUUGCUUCUAAAAAGGAUAUGGGAGGAAAAAAACCGCAUCUGAGAUGCGAACUGGCUGGAGAUAGCCCUUCAAAACUUCUUUUUUUCCUUGCCAUUGCGUAUAUUUAUUUUGAUUAUUUUUAAGAAGCACUUUAUUUCCUUUUCCUCUCAUUGAUCACAGAAAUGAAGCCAUCUUAUUUUAAGAGGUGUAGCCAUUCCAAGAAAGCAACUGUGGGUUUUCUUCUUUGCUUUGUUAUAAGGAAGCAGCAUCUCUGCUGCAAAGUUGAAUUCACCACAGCUUAGGUUCUUUCCACAUUAUUUCUGCCUUUCUGGAAGGUCAGAACCUGCACACCUUGCCUGCUGCGUGGUUUGGACAAAGAGAACAAAACAAUCUGCUGUGAUGCAGAGUCUGACUACAUAUAUGCAGCAUAAAUUUGGUUUUGAUAGUGAGCCCCUAUGUACUUAAAAGUUACUUUCCAAAUUAAAGUGGUGGAGUUCAUUUUUUUUAUUGAUGUAGAAGCAGUCAGGAAUAUACUGCCCCAAGAAGUCUAGGAUUUUUUCAAUCUGCAUCAGCCGUAUACAUUUUAAAUAUCCCAUUCAGCUCUUUUAGGGAAUUCCUGCAAGUGUUUAACAGCAACAGUAAUAAUAAUAAUAUAAGCAACUCAAAUGAAUUGAGCAACAGCGAUUUUAAAUUUGUUUUUACCAUGAAUGGUUUUAACUAACAGGAGGUUCAAAAUCUGUAACUCUGUGUUCCAGAAGAAUAUUUUAGGUCAAAGGAGACAAAAAUGUAGGAACAUUGGCUAUAAUCUGUAUGCUUGCUCCACAAGUGAGUUAAACUGAAAUUUCCACUACUGCGAGAUUGGUGUCAUUGCAUGUCCUAAUUGUUUAAAGCCUAUUUUCUAAUUUAAAUGGCUUAAUAUUUAUAAAUGUCUUUAAGAAGGGAAUGAAUCAACAGAUCAUUUGAAUAAAAACUGAAGAUGAAAAAGGAAAGGUCUGUUUAAAGCAUUGCUUGUGUAAGAAGGACAAGAUUGUUCUCCCUUGGAAGUGGUCAUUUUUAAUGCUACCUAACCACAACUGGAUUGUGAUUAAUAUAUAUUUUGCUCUCUCGUUUGCUGUUUUCAACCCAAGAAUCUACAGCAAAUGGCCACCUUAAAUCUAUCAAAAGAAAAGGAAAAAAAAAAAAGCAAAAAGCAAAAAGCAAACCAAAAACCACAUAUUCUUGUAGGAUCUCCCUUGGGAGGGGGAAGUAAAAUCCUAUAGGAUAACUCAUUUGAUCAAUCAAAACAGUUCUGUUCUAUGCACAGUAACAUGAGAAACGAAUCUUUUCUUUGUUGUACAGCUGGCUACUUGGUAAUAAUAGCCAGAUGACCUCUCCCUCUCCAGCCCCCAAACUAGCAAUAGAUUUGUUUUUGCCAUCAAGUUUCAGUUCUUGUUGUGUGAAUGUCCUAUCGAUCUAGUUAAUCUAGUUUCUGAACUAGAAGUGUUAUUGCAUCCUAGAUAAUGUCCCCUUUCCUUUUCCACUCAGGCCAUGCAUUUGUGAUUUGCUCAGUGGUACAGCCAUUUCAGUGAACAGAGCAGCAGGAUGUCUAAUGUUGUAUUGAGCGUCCAUAUGAAUGCCACUUUGUUUGAUGUACAUCUUACAUUUGUGAGCAUGGAAAAGGCCCAUCUGCCCUUUCCUGUUCUCCCCUCCCCCUUCUGUGCUCUAGAGAUUUGUCUGUAAACUACUGUACCUACAACUUGCGUCCUCUGUUUGGCUGCCUUUGUCCUCUUACAACCCACAGUGAAUUAGAUCUACUGCGUUGUAGGCAACGUAAUAAGCAGCACCACUUCACAUGCUGACGGGCAUCGAGGAUGGGUAGACCUGUCAAAGUGACAGAAAUGGCUGUGGCUGGAAAAACAAUGUUGUCCUAAAGCUGCUAAUUUUUGUAUGGAGGAUGUGGACAUUUGGGUUCUUCUUCUUUAAUGUGGUAAGAAACACUGGACCAGUUAUGGGAAUUUUUCCUCAAGUUACACUACUGUUUUCACAAGAUUUGCUGUGACAGUGAGAGCCCAAUUUUUGACUGCACCCCUAGUUACCAAGUGGCUUGAAGGUGGCCACCUCUCCUAUUUUUUUCUGUUUGUUUUGACUCCAUGUUCAGAUAUUUCCAGUCUGCAUUCACCUUGAAACUAAGGCCUUUCGAUUCGUGCAGUAUUCAUGUGCCAAACUUGCGUGAUACCGUUUGCCUUUUAUAUGACACUUGUUACAAGUCACAAAUCAGGAAAGGUGAGUUUAUAACAAAAUCGGGGAAGUAAAACAAAUAAGAACAGAAUUGGGGACCUUGAAAUGAGAGCUCAAUAGCAAGAGCAGGGGCUUGUGGAAGAGUGGGCAAGCACAUGGGCUCAGAGCUGUUACACAGCACCUGGCAAUCCAUAUGCCAUGGAUCGGCUUUUUAUUCAUGGUCUCUGUGCAUCUAGGCUCAAGCUACAGUACAAAUCGUGUAGACCAUUCACAAGCCUAUUAAACUGACUGCUUUUAGCACUGUUAUAGUUCUGGUCUGCUCAACGCUGUUGUCCACAGUGCUUUCUAGUUUCCUAUUCUGGCAUUUGCUCUUCAAUUACUAACAGGCCCAGGGAGGAGAACAGUUGUUCAAACUUAUCAACAUAUUUAUCUAAGACAAUGGUUUUCAGCCUGUGGUCCCCGGACACCUAGGGAUCUGCAGACUAUGUUUAAGGGGUCUUUAAAGAUGAGUAUGAUCAGUCAAAAGUAUGUGAAUACCCACACUUACAAUUCAAAGGGGUCUGCACCUCCAUUCGAAAUGUUUUAGGGGUCCACAAAUGGAAAAAAGGUUGAAAACCACUGAUUUAAGAAAUAGGUUAGGUGACAGGAGCACUUGGCAAUGCUUUUAAUGUUUUUUUUUCUUUUACCUUUUUUAUUUUUUUAUUUAUUUAUUUUUGUACUUGCCUGGAACAAGGUAUUUGGUACUAAGGUCCCAACUCUGGGUUGCUAGAUUUUCCAGUUCUGUCGCAACAAAACUGUGACUUACUGUCCUAUCACUAGCACUUGUAGUUGCUUAUUAGCAAAAGAAAAAAUGAAAAAAACAAUCUGUUCUUUAUUUGUAUUGGUUUUUAAGGUAUUAGUCAAAAGCUUUUGGUGUGUGUAGGUAAUGCAGGGAUGCUUUUUAAGCUACUCUAUGGUACCGUAGAACAGGAGGACAUGUUUGCCCAGCACAAUACAGUAUCAUGCAAAGAUAUCUGAGCUAGUUCAGGUACCAGAAACAGUCUAGCUAUGUUAGCAUUGCAUUCUGCUGAAAUUCCACUUCAGAAGCAGGGUAUUCUAGCCAGGGCAGAGCACUGCACUAACGUGGCUGCAUUUCUUCUGGUACCCAGGCCAGCUCGUUCAGUUAGCUUGGGUAUCUCAGUGGGGUGCUGGACUGUGCCUUAGAGACAUACUCUUUGUUCCCCAAUGUGCUCUGUUCAGUUCUUUGCCUGGAUGGGUGCUCUGGCAAUCUUUUAACAAAUGUCUGUCAAACCAGAAAUUCUCAAUUGUGUUCUUUCCCUGGCUGGUGCAAAGGAAUUGUUUUCUUUGGACAGCUGCUGUUUUCCAGUCAGCAUGGCGAACAAAGCAGGCAAAGCUAUACCACCCAUUCAGGCCAUUUCCUUCCAGAAAUCAUUGGUACUGCUAACCCUACCGGAGGAGGAGGAUUAUGAUUAUUAUUAUUUAUUUGAAAGCCUUUUUCCUUUUAAAAAUGUAAACAGAAUGUGAAAGUGAUAUCAGACUUAGUCCACUUUUUUCUUCUUUCAGGCUUAUAGUAAUUUUUCUGUUGCCAAACACAUACCAUAACUGUAUAAGACAGGGUAAAAAAAUGUGCAAGUCUGCUUGCCAUUUUUAAGUGUAUUUUAUGGCAGCUCAAAAGGGUGAUUUUUGAUGGGCAUUUUUUUUUUUUGGUUAAGCAGAAUUUUUUUUUAACGGAAGUAUUUUACUUAAAUGUUGCCACUUCCUGGAGCCAAACACUAAAGGUCACCAAAUUGGAAGCAGAAGUGCCAUUAAAUGAACUCUGUGAAUGUCGAGUCAAGUUGCGCCUGUAGCUGACACAUACAGACAACACUAAGUGUGGGGUGAUUUCCACCCUCACUUCAACUUUUUUUAAAAAGACAAACCUCAUUUUAAAUGUAUUGUGUGAAAUGUUUUGGGAAAGGAGUACAGUGUGUUUAUGUCUAGUGGGUGAGACUUCCCUCCCCCCUCAGUUUCUGAUGAAGUUUUAAUAAAGAAUCGUGUUACUGUAUGUUUUGAUCAUGAAUAGUCUGGUGGUGCUUAUUCAUAGCACAAGCUUAAAUCAAGUACUGAAAACAGUCUUACAAGCUAAAUGUCUGCAUGAUGUUACAUCUGUUGUACCUACUGAAAAAAAUUUGUAUGUAAAUGUACAGAAAUAAAAAAGAUGUUGCCUCAGUAUAAUGCCUUCCUUUAAAUGUCUUUC